AUGGCUGACGUAUACCGACCGAAUCAACGCGACAGGACUCGUUCUCCUCGUGGUGACCGUGGUCGUCGUUCCCGAAGUCCUCGCCGGUCUCGUCGUUCAUACUCUCGCAGUCGCUCUCCGAGCCGUGAAGAUUAUCAUCGUAGCGAGCGCAGAGACAGAUCGCCCAUGAGCGGUGCCGGUGGUGCUUCUGGAGGACACGCGGGCUCUACCUACGGUGGGCGAGGAGGUCCACCAUCCGGAAGAUCGUUUGAGGAUCGUUCAGUGGCCCGAGAGCAUAUGAUGCAGUCUGUUCGAGACUCUUCCCAGCAAGACCGUCGUGUCUAUGUUGGCAAUCUUUCAUACGAUGUGAAAUGGCAUCAUUUGAAAGACUUCAUGAGACAGGCUGGAGAAGUUCUCUUUGCCGAUGUUUUAUUACUUCCGAAUGGAAUGUCCAAGGGCUGCGGGAUUGUGGAAUAUGCAACGAGGGAGCAAGCUCAGCAUGCAGUGAAUACUCUCAGCAACCAGAACCUCAUGGGACGACUCGUUUACGUUCGCGAGGACCGCGAAGCCGAACCUCGCUUUGCCGGGCAACAGAGAGAUGCCGGUGCCGGUAGAGGUGGCCCCGGAGGUGCCGGUGGAGCUGCAGGUCGACAGAUCUAUAUUACCAAUCUUCCUUUUAACGUCGGUUGGCAAGACUUGAAGGAUCUUUUCCGUCAAGCUGCUCAACAAGGCGCCGUUAUUCGAGCUGAUGUCCUAAGUGACCCAAGCGGACGCCCCAAGGGUACUGGUAUUGUUGUCUUCGAGUCCGCCGAUGAUGCCCGAGUUGCUAUCCAGCAGUUCAAUGGCUAUGAUUGGCAAGGACGAAUCCUUGAGGUUCGUGAAGAUCGGUAUGCCGGUGGUGGAGCCGGUGGUGGAGGUGGCUUUGGCGGUGGCUUUGCCGGCGGUCGCGGCGGAUUCGGAGGUGGUUUCGGUGGCCGUGGUGGUGGCUUUGGCGGUCGCGGCAGUUUUGGUGGACGAGGUGGAUUCGGAGGACCAGGCAGCUAUGGUGGAAGAGGCGGAUUUGGCGGCGGCGGCGGUGGUAACUAUGGCGGCGGUUUCGACUCUGCUCCUGCCCCUCCACCCGGGCCUCCUAACCCUUUCACUGACUACGCUACCUCUGGUGGUGAUAAGAGCGCUGUGAUCUACGUCCGCAAUCUUCCCUGGUCGACUUGUAAUGAAGACUUGGUCGAUUUGUUCACCACGAUUGGCAAGGUUGAGCGUGCAGAAAUUCAGUAUGAGGGUAAUGGCCGCUCUCGCGGAACUGGCGUGGUUGAAUUUGAUAGUCCUGAGACCGCCGAGACCGCAAUCUCCAAAUUCACCGGUUAUCAAUACGGCGGUCGUCCUUUGGGAAUCACAUUUGUCCGAUAUGUUCAUCCUCCUGGAUCAGGCGAGGCUGGGGACCUGGGCGACGAAUCAGCCGGGAUCACCCAGGACCAGAUCAUGUAA